AUGCCGUUACCCCCUGCGUUAGCUGCUCGUCUUGCCAAAAGGGGUAUCUUGAAGGUUAAUUCUAAUACAAAUUCUCCUAGUAAUCAAGUCCCAAUUCAAGCAAAUGAAGAAAUUAUAGCUGAAGAUUAUGACAGCAAACCCGAAGAACAAAAUGCAAAGGAACAUUUUUGGGAGGGAAUAGAAGGAGUUAACGUUGAUCCUAUAAAAGGUCAUCGAGGUUGUCCAAAUAAAAGUAACAUUUUUCAUGAAUGCUCCAAGUUUUGUGUCAAAACAUGGAAACAAGGCAAACUUGUACCAAAUGAAUUAUAUUUGGAAAAUAAGAAAAAAGCGUUGGAGCUGUGGCCACUUCCACCUGGUUGGGAAGAAGUUUAUGAUGAGGGUACUGGACAGCACUACUUCUGGAAUGUCCAUAAUAAUCUAGUGUCUUGGUUACCACCAGCACAUCCACAAGCUAUUCCUAGUGAGAGUGCUGCCCAUUUAAGGGAAGAGAGAUUGUUGAAAGAAGGUGAUGAAAGUGAUGAUAGUAGUGAAGCUUCAGAUCAAGAAGUUCCACAGCAACAACAUAAGGAAAAACGACAUGAAAGAAGGGACAAAAAUAGAGAAAUGGUGCAUCAUAGAGACAAAAAGAGACAGAGGGUGAAAGAUAAUGAUUUAGAUCCAAUGGACCCUGCUUCAUAUUCAGAUAUUCCAAGAGGUAAUUGGACAUCUGGCUUGGAUAGUCAUGCUAAAACUGGAGUGGACACAACAGCAUCAGGAUCAUUAUAUCAAAUGAGGCCAUAUCCUGCCCCUGGGGCUAUUUUAGCUGCCAAUGCAAAACAGAACUCACCACCACCAUCGCCUUAG